AUGUUGGUCCGCACAACUGUCGCUUCAGGUUUGCUGCUAUUAAGCGGCGCCGCUGAAGCGUGCUCUCGAGUUACAUACCACGCGAAAGUGGAUGACAGAAUUACCAACGGUCGCUCCAUGGACUUCGUGGCUUCCACGAAUUCCAGCAUCUUCGUCUUUCCGGCCGGCCUCAACAAAAAUGGCUCCGUUGCCGACAAUCCGUUGAAAUGGACUUCUAAGUACGGAUCUAUGAUUGUAACCAUGUACGACAAGGUCAGCAUCGACGGGAUGAAUACCGAAGGUCUGACUGGGAGUCUCCUUUACCUUGGUGCAAGCGACUACGGAGCUCGCAACACUUCUCGCCCUGGCCUUGCAAUCGGAUACUGGCUACAGUACUACCUCGAUCAAUUCGCUACCGUAUCGGAAGCCGUUGCCGAUCUCAACAAAACCAACUUGCAGGUCGUUACUGCAGCCCUCGUACCCGGCGUCUCCUCUACUGGUCAUAUCAGCUUAUCCGACAAGUCCGGCGACAAUGCAGUAUUUGAAUAUCUUGAUGGUGCUCUUGUCGUCCAUCAUGGAAAGCAAUAUCAAGUCAUGACGAAUGAUCCCUCGUACGACGAUCAGCUGGCACUUGAUAGAUACUGGGAACCAAUAUCCAACGUCUCGCUACCCGGCACAAGCUCGCCCGCAGAUCGUUAUGUGCGACUAUCAUACUACAACAGACUGUCGCCCGACUCGGCUGAUCUGGCUGGCGUCGACGUUUGGCCGACACUCUGGCGAACCUACCAGGAUCCCCACGACAUGGCUUUCUUCUACGAAAGUGCGGUCAUGCCUAUCUCGGUUUACAUGUUUUAUUCGGACUUCAACUUCAAAAAGGGCGCGGAGGUGAUGAAUCUGCCGCUGCGAGAGUAUAACUGGGAACUUCUGCAAGGCAACAUGAAGAGCAACUUCACUAAGGCGGAGCCGUUCACGCCAAUUGGAGGCAAUCUAUAG